AUGUUGCGCUUCAGCAGAGGCGGUGUUUACAUUGCUUUUGACAAGACGGGCCUCAGUUUCGAGGAUGGUCUGAACACAGAUCUAGUGAAAUUAAUGGCUGAAUUGCCAGGAAUACUCAGAGAGCUCAAGGAGCUGAGCAAUGAGCUCAUAUUCCAUCCUGAGAGCGACGCUGGCCACUACAAUAUCGAUGCCAACCUCGAUGCCAACCUCAAUUUCGUUGACACCUCUUCAGACAGUUGCCCAUCGCUCGACUUUUCGCCUCACAGUCUUGACAAUUUUGACUACCUGGACGAUCUGCCAUCAUUUGCACAAUCACUUGCAAGGACUGCCCUGCUUCACCGAGUCCAAAGCCUCAAGGACGCGCUCUAUGAGCUGGGGUCUCACAUGAAUGAGCGGCUUUCCAAUGGCUCUGCAGCUAUCGAGCUGCCAUCUAUUGAAGCGAACAACCCAAUAUCCACUUCCUACCACUUCACCAGUUGGCGCGACAUGACAGGUUACAGUUGUUACUGGUCUCUUCUCAUCCUGCUCAACAAAGUCAUGAUGCGACUCCUACCGCCUUCUGAACCGCUCAUCCAGGAACUGCAAUCCGAGUGUCGAUCAGUUGCCUUCGAGAUAUGCAAGACAUGGGAAGAUGCAUGGUCAAACAAACCGAUCGGCGCGCUACACGCCGGGCUGAGCUUCGUUGUGGCACAUGAGUAUUGCGAACCAGAUGUACAAGAAUGGGUACUGUCAAGCUUGAACGCUCUAUUGGACUAUCAAGGCGUUCACACUUUCCGCUGGUCUGAAGAUGUAAUCGCGAUGAUGAGUGAGAAGCUGGCCGGCGAGGGGCCAGGCCUUAGCUUCUCACACGCGACUGCAGUAGAACAGGCGUCUUGA